AUGGCCGUGCUGGUUUCACUUGCCGGGCUGAUCUUCCUGCUGGGGGUCGGCGACGCUUGGGCCUCGAGCCGGUAUUACCGGGCCGAAGGCCGUCGACGGCUCGCCGACGAGACCCGGUCGCUGAUGGACCCUCUGCGUUUUGCCAUUGUCGCCGUGCCGCUCGCGGCCUACCUGAUCCUACUGGGGCUGGUGAACCUCCGCCGGCGGCCAACGUUGGCGACCGGCGGCGGCGACCUCGGGGCUUUGGGCGUCGCUCUCGGGGGGUUGGCGUUCGUUGGCCCGAUCGCCCUGUUCCGCCCCGACGCGGCCACGGUCGAGCUAGGGAACUACGUCUGGCUCUUCCUGGCGGCGUUCUACCUGCUUUGGGUGACCCUGACGGCGAUGCUCUGCCGGCCGCGGUUGGUGGUCUACAACCUGUCCGCCGAAGAGCUACGGCCCGUCCUCUCCGAGGCGGUCCGUAACCUCGACAGCGCCGGCCGCUGGGCGGGAGACAACCUGACGCUGCCGACGAUCGGCGUGCAUGGCUACGUCGAGCCGUUCGCUUGGAUGCGGAACACGAGCUUCAUCGCCGGCGGCGGCCGGCAAGACCUGGCGGGCUGGCGUCGCCUCAAUCGUGUCGUUGAGAGGGCCCUACGUGGCGUUGUGACGCGUCCUAACCCGCGGGGGUGGUUAUUGCUGGGCGCGGGCGUUGCGAUCCUUGCCGCGGCCGUUGUGGGCCUUGUGGGCGAUGCGACAAGGGUCACCACGGCGUGGGGGCAG